AUGCGUUUUUCUGCUGCCUUUCUUUCGACCCUUGUGCUCUCCAGCACCGCGCUGGCCGGUCCCGCUACCCAGACAUCCUCAUCUGUAGCGGCCACUCCGACUACACAACGGGACGAUAGCAAGGCACCCAGUGCUAACAACGAGAAGGCAUCCGAUGCAUUCAGCUCUCUUGUGCAAGGCGCGGAUAAGUUCGCCAACACUGCGACGCCAUCUGAUACUCAAACUGCAGCUCACGCUGCUGCUGCGGAUACCGAGGGCGCCACAACUGCUGCCAACAGCGAGACUACAGCCAAGUCGGACCCCUUGGGGUUGAAUAACAUCCUGCCAAGCGACAAGUCAGCUUUGGAACCCACAGCAACUGAGGCUGCUGUAACCCAAACCAGCUCCGGAUCCAGCGCCAAAGACACAGCUACCGUGACCAAGUCUGCUGAGGACGAGAAAGAGACUCAGAAUGCAUUCACGGGCGGCGCCGUGAAAGAGUCCAACCCUUUGACUCUUGAUGGUACCUUCCUGUCAUCCUUUAAGGAUUUUGUGCGAUUACUAGAUGGUGUCCACGGACUGCUUGCACCCACCCUGCUGUCGGAUAUCGAAUCCUUCUUCCACCACGUAGCCUAUCUCCUUGACGACAAGACCACCCAGCAAGCCAAGGACCUGCUUGGCACAGCUUCUGACCUUCUCACCAAGGAGCUGAUCACAAAGGUCACUGGCUUACUCGACAACGCUGGCGAUCUCUUGACUGCCGACUUCGUCAAGGAGACCAAGGAUUUGAUCAAGACUGUCGGCCCUAACAUCACUCCCGAGCUGUUCAAGGAGAUCAAUAGCCUGCUCACCAACGCUGGCCAUCUCCUCACGCCCGACUUCGUCAAGGAGACUAAGGGCCUUAUCAGCGCUGUCGGUCCUAACAUCACCCCUGAGUUGUUCAAGGAGAUCAACAGCGUUCUUGGUAAUGCCAACGACCUUCUGACUCCUGAGUCUGUGAAGACCAUCAACACCCUACUCACCAACGCCGGUGGCCUGCUCACUCCCGACUUCGUCAAGGAGACCAAGGACUUGAUUAAGACCGUCGGUCCUAACAUCACACCCGAGCUGUUCAAGGAGAUCAACAGCCUGCUCACCAACGCUGGUCAUCUCCUGACUCCCACAUCCGUCAAGCAGAUCGGUGGCCUACUCAACAACGCCAACGACCUCCUGACACCUGAGGGCGUUAAGGAGAUCAGUGGUCUCCUCGGCAACGCCAAUAAGCUUCUUACCCCAGAUGCCGUCAAGGAAAUCAGUGGUCUCCUCAGCAAUGCCAAGGACCUCCUGACACCCGAGGGCGUUAAGGAGAUCAGUGGUCUCCUCGGCAACGCCAAUAAGCUUCUUACCCCAGAUGCCGUCAAGGACAUCAGUGGCUUGCUGUCUCUUGCCACCGGCUUGAUCACCCCCGAGUUCGUCAAGGAAGCCAAGGCUCUCGUCACUCCCAACCUCCUCACCGAUGUGGGCAGUCUCCUCGACAAUGCCGGAGAGCUUCUCACGCCGAAGUUCGUGAACGAGACGCAGACUCUGAUCGAGGAUGCUGCAGAGGUAUGUGUUUAUUUUCCCGCAAUCUGUUAA